AUUCUUCUUCUUCUUCUUCUUCUUUGUGCUUUUUUGUCUCAAGGAUGACUGCUAAUACCCCCAGCCUUCUUCAGCAUCCCAAACAUAAACAUGCCCUGAUCUUUCAAGAGCUAAGCGAAAGUUUCAGCUUGGAAUGCAACAUCUGUAGGCUCUCCGUGAAAGGUCUGGCCUACCAUUGCAUAGACUGCGAGUUCUUCCUCCACAAGUCGUGCGCCGAGUUGCCUCCCGAGAUUCAACAUCCCUCUCAUCCACAGCACCCGCUUGUAUUGUCCAAAUUAUGCUGGGAUUCUUCCGCGAGAACACCAUGUUAUGGGUGUCCUUCCAGCCUACUUGCUGAUUACUAUGGAUGUCAUGCCUGUAAAAUAGAGUUGCAUGUGGGAUGUGCAGCUGCAACUCUCCCUCCUCCUGAAGAAGAAGAGCAUAAGGACGAGGAGGAGAUGAUUGAGCACUUUGCUCACGACCAUCCUCUUGCAUCCUUCCACGUCGAUGUGCCAAAUUCUAUCAAAUGCAAGGCAUGCGAACGGUGGAUCUCCGGUCGCGUUUAUGGUUGCCGUGCCUGCAUAUUUGUGCUGCACGAAUCUUGCGCUCUGGCACCCCGAGAGAUAAUGAAUCAUCCUCUCCAUCCACAGCACCCGCUUACCUUGCUUGUCGAUUCCAAGCCUAGCUUUCUAUGCAAUGUCUGCAGGUGUAGCUAUAGCUUUGCAUACCGCUGCAAAGAAUGUGAUUUGUUUCUCGAUCUGGGUUGUGCUGAUGUAUUUGUGCAUCCUCCUCCACGAGAUGAUCAGAGUAGCACAGACGACAGGCGAGAUCAGAUCCAUCAUUUUUCCCACCCCCACCAACUGACACGUUUACAUGUUAAACCUGAGCUUCUUGCGACCUGUGAUGUUCCCGGGGAAGUGAUAUCCGGUGAUUUUUACGGUUGCCCUGACUGCCUUUUCUUGCUCCACCCAUUGCGGGCCAAGUUGACACAAGAGAUUGUGCACCCUUUUCAUCCGGACCACCCUCUCAUUUACCAACCAGAUCAAGAGAUUGAAUGCUCCUUUUGCUUUGGUUAUGAGGGUGACAUUGGAUUCGAGUGUGGAGACUGUGGCUUUGGCCUUCAUGCGGCAUGUGCUCUCCAAACUCUCUCUGCUACGAAAGAGGAAUUAACUCUUAACAGUGAGCGUCUCCAUAAACACCCCAUGAGCCUUGAUUUUGAAGCUGAGCAGCUAGGGCUAGGGGAAUUAGAUAUUGUCUGCUGCAAGUGCCCUGAUGAAGGUCCAGUCUACGUCUGUACAGAUGACGUUUGCCGCGCAAAAAUCCAUAAAACAUGUGCUGAUCUAGAACGUGAAUCAGAACUCCCUAUUCACCCACAGCAUCCUCUCCUCCUUUCUUCUGAGCCACUCAACAAAUCCAAUCCUUGCGUUGCGUGUCUGGAAAGCCCUUGGGGAUUCACCUUUUAUUGUGAUUAUUGUAAGAUCCAGUUCCAUGCACGUUGUGCUAUGAGAAGGCCGACUCUGAAACAUCAGCGCCACGAGCACAGCCUAUCAUAUUUCGAAAGGAUAGGCCACGAACUCUCCAGGUCACAGUGCAAUGUGUGUUACAAUGACUGCAGGAUUGACUUCUACCGCUGUGUUCCGUGCAACUAUAAUCUUCACUUCAAUUGCUUGCCUCUGCCCCCUUCUGCUAAACACGAAUUCCACUUUCCAUCCGCUGGUGCUCCGUGAUAGAGUUGUUGAUGAGCAUUACGAUUAUGAGGAGCAAUAUUGUGACGUGUGUGAGACACUCAGGGACCCAGAACUUGGUGUCUAUUAUUGCGAGGAGUGUAAUUAUGCUGCUGAUAUCGACUGUGUCAUCCCCAAGGUAAGCCCGACAUCCCAAAAUUUCACCACAUUCUCAUUCUCCGAAGCAUCAAGUAGCUAGCCAUCACUCUCUCUGGCUCAUCCCGAUCUUAAUUUCUGUGCCGGCCAGGAAAGGAACAAUGAUUGGAAAAACCUGAAGAAGUAAAAAGAAGCCACUCCUAGUCCUAGACCUUUGUUUGGAAAUUAAGAAAAUUUGUUGCACAAAUUCAUAGUAUAUUGCCUAAGAACUGUAUUUCUUUUCCGAUCCGAAUAAUAUGAGGGGACUAAAUAUAAAUCAUUGCCGGCUCCAGGUAGAUCCAGAGAAAAGUAGACAAAUGGAAGACCUUAUGAUCAAGCAACUGGAUGGACAAAUUUCCAGUGAAGAAGCAGAAAUAGAGGCACUGAAAAAAAAAUUGGAAAGGUCAAUGAAAAAUCUGGAGGAAUUUAAGAAAAAGAGACGACAGAUAAAAUGAAAAAUCUUGGGUGCAACGGAAAGCAGAGUCGGACAGGGGAUGAUCAUGGAGUCUCGUAAUGUUUUAUCUUAGCAUAUUUUUCACACUAAUAAGGGUCUAAUGCAUCCAUUGGUCAACGUAGAUUUUAUUUUCACUAUGUACGUCUGUUAAGCAAAUCUUAUUAUGCGUUUGUCAUUCUGACUAUGGCCUGAAAUUACUUCUACGGACCAUCGGAUUAUUGAAAAUAUGUGUUCAAGUACCUCUGAAAAGUCAAUUGCGUGAUCUGCACUCUCAGGAGUUCCUAUACACUUUCUUUACUUGUCCAUGUAAUUCAUUAGCCAAUGCAGAUUGUCUGCCAUGAGCUCGGAUGAAUAGGGAACGAGCCCAAGAGGCCAGGAUGGGGAAUGGAAUGCUCUUGCUUGGUAUCUUUCAUUGCUAACAUCAGGGAAUGAAACCGGGAAGAGAAAUAUCAAAUUUUGCUUUGUAUCGUCUUCCUCUUCUUCUCUCUGCUCUUCUCCUCUGCCUCUCGAAUCUCCUUCGAUUACGUCCUUCUUCUUCUUCAUUAUUUCGUUCGGGAUAUAACACAAGGCCAUAGAGACAAAAGAAAAGAAAUAACACUCCCUGAGAAUUACGAUAGUAUAUAUUUCUUUUUCUUUAACUUUCUCUUAUCUAUGUUAAUACAAAAACAAUUUCUAGCAUAUGUGAUUUCACGAUAGCAGGUGAAAGUUAAGAAAAUGAAAAUGUAUACUAACUUACAAACGGGUAUGUUAGUAUCUUCAUCAUUGGAUAAUAUAGGUGAAACAGGUUCUGCAAAGACAAGGCGGUCUUUGCCUUCAAGUUUUUCUCAAGCUCGUGAAGCUGCAAAAAGAUUUUAAGGUCAGUUCAGAUGGUCAAAUGAGGCAAUGCUACAUGAAAAGCGGAGCCGUGGUAUACCGAACAUUUCCUAUAAGCAUUAUAUGCAUUAUCAUCGAGUAUUGUUUCCUAGAAGCUCUCUCUCUUAUGUUGCUUCUGCGCUAAUUUGUUGAGCUGUCAAUAUAUGAUAAUCUCCCUUAGUGCUUUAAACGACAAAGUUUCAAAACUGAUCCGUGAAAAUGCGAAACACUUAUAAGAGAACCAUUACCUUCUGCAUCGAUCUUGGCUAUUGAUAUUUUGCGCAGAUCAUCCGCAACGAAUUCAUUAGGUGGGCAGAGAUAGAGACGAGAUUCCAUCCCGUGGAGCUGAGGAGUCAGGGUGGAUCCAGGCUGGUGAGAUGCUAUGCUGCCCAGAGCCAGAGUAGCAAUUUGGGAAAGCUCUGCCAUGGGUUAUGUCUUUGCGCUGAUCAAGGGGAACGCCUUCUACUUCACAUAUUCAGGCAUUCAGCUCAUCUUUAGUCUUAGCAUGUGAGUCUGAUGGCUGAGGUCCAUUUUGCUGCAUUGUGGUCAUGCCGUAGUUGCAAUCAACUGUCUGUUAGGUACUCAUCAGUUGUCUCGUUCCUCUAUGUUCUACUUUAAUGGGAUAGUUAGUAGACCCAGUGAAAGACACUGAAAAAUGCCGAUAUUUUUUUUUUUAAAUAUAUAUUCGCUCACACAUGACAUGGAUGUUCAUAUAACUGACUG